AUGGCCGAACCAACCGUCGAGAGUCGUCUCACCUCCCAGGAACACGUUCCUACCCCUACAGAGGAAGCCCUUUCUGCAGAUGAAAAGAUCAUCCAGGAAAAGCCAGCCGGCCCAGCACCACCACCAAACGGAGGCACCACAGCCUGGCUGAACGUCCUCGGCAGCUUCAUGCUCUACUUCAACACCUGGGGCAUCCUCAACACCUUCGGCGCCUACCAAACAUACUAUGAAUCCGGCGAUCUCUUCCACGCGUCCUCCUCCGACAUCUCCUGGGUCGGCUCAAUUGCCGCCUUCAUGCUGCUCUUCGUCGGGCUCUUCGUCGGCCCCAUCUACGACCGCGGAUACCUGCGCCUUCUCCUGAUCAGUGGCUCGCUCCUCGUGGUAUUUGGCCACAUGAUGCUGAGUCUCUGCCACCAGCUCUGGCAGGUUGUUUUGGCCCAAGGCCUAGUCGUUGGCAUUGGCACCGGCUGCCUCUUCGUCCCCUGCGUCGCAAUCAUCCCGCAGUACUUCACUACGAAGAUGGGUGCAGCAAUGGGCGCCGCCGCCUCGGGCUCCGCGCUCGGCGGUGUUAUCUACCCCAUCGUGCUGUACCGCCUGAUCAAUCAAAUCGGAUUCCCGUGGGCUGUGCGUGUGAUUGGCUUCAUCGCGCUCGGCACACUGUUUCUACCCGUGGCUCUCAUGCGUCUGCGCGUCAAGCCCCCAAAGGUCCGCGCCAUCGUCGAUCCUACGGCCUUCAGAGACCCGGCUUACCUCGCAUUCGUCUUCAACUCGCUGAUCGCGUACAUGGGACUCUUCGUGAUUUUGUUCUACCUGUCCUUCUUCUCCGAGGCGACGCGCAUCACGGAUAGCGCUCUUGCUUUCUACAUGGUUCCGAUUUUCAACGCAGCUUCGGUCUUUGGACGUACAAUUCCAAACAAGCUGGCCGACCGCUUCGGUCCAUUCAACCUUCUCGUUCCUGCCGCUCUGUCAUCUGGUCUGUUGAUGCUUUGCAUGAUGGCAGUGAAAUCGAAGGCCGCGGUAAUCGUUAUGGCGAUUCUCUCAGGCUUUAUGAGUGGUGCGCUCAUUGGUCUACCGCCCAUGUGCCUAGCCAUCCUCACAAACGACAAGUCAAAGCUGGGAACACGUGUCGGCAUGGGAUAUGCGAUCAUUGCUCUUGGGGUGUUAAUCAGCGGGCCCAGCAGUGGUGCAAUCCUACGUAACAACGGCGGCGAGCUUGACUGGCAGAGUCUGUGGAUUUUCGGUGGUGUCCCGACUGUCAUUUCCGGGUUUGGCUAUGCUGCAAUCCGUAUCGGCAAGUACGGAGCGAAGCUGAAUAUCAAGGCUUAA